CUUUCAUCUCAUUCAACAGCUCCGGCACUGUAAAGGUUCCGGCUCCGCAGACUCACAGCAUUCCGCCACCAUAAAAUCCGGUUAUUUAUAUGACACUUUGACGGUUUCACCACCAACCAUAUCAUCAACUGUUAUGUCAGGCUCCGAAGAAUUGGCUUUGCAAGCCGGCCGUUGGAUGAAAUGCCUGAACCAAACGUUGUGUCCUGGACCUCGCUCCGGUUGCGUCGACACGGGUCAGCCCGGAAUGGCUCUCUGGCUCUUUUGGAAGAUGCCCGAGUGUACGGUUCUGCCCAACGAGUUCACUUUCGCGACUGUGAUUAAUGAGUGUUCGAUCCUUGCUAAUCUCAGAACUGGGAAAAGAGUUCAUGGGCCUGUUGAACUUUUGUGUUUUCGAUCUAACCUUGUUGUUUUCUCUUCGCUGGUUGAUAUGUACGGGAGUGCAACGAUAUCGAUAAUGCUCAGCGGGUUUUUGAUUCGAUGGGCUGUAGGAAUGUUGUUUCUUGGACUUCAAUUAUCAAUUGCUUACUCAUUGAUCGGAGAGUGGGAGAAUGCUCAUGGUCUUAGGUCAGAAAUGAGGCGUACGAGAGUGCAAAAAGAACCUGGGCGCAACCGGUUUGAGGUCAAGGACUCAACUUAUGUAGUUGACGCAGGAGAUGUAUCAUCAUGUGCGCGAGGGAGCGAGGUGGUGGCCUUGUUGAGGAAGUUGGAAGGUAAGAUGAAACAAAGAGGAAGGUCUUUGUGGAUGUGGAGGAGUAGGCCAAGGAGGAAAUUGUAGGUUUGCACGGUGAUGGAUUUGCGUUGGUAACCAAACUAAAAGGAUUGUCAAGAAGUUUUCAAGCUCAUUGGUGCCUGAGAUUGUUGAGUGGGAGUUUCUUGUUAGAGACGUUAACAUAUUUCAUCACUUU